AUGGUUCCCGUCUAUUCUAGAUCUGCAUUGUCGCUACUCCUCAUCAUCGCUUGUGGCACCUAUUUGAUUUACUUCACUCACCAGACCUCCCAUUGGACCGAACUACAAAUUUCAAACAGAACGAAACAAAUGGAAAAACAAUUGCUGACGAUACGAACUAAUUCUCCGGAGCACAUCACCAACAUUUCACUAAUCGAAAAACAAAUUGCAGAAACGAAUUUGACUAUCGAUCGCGAGUUUUUCGAUUACCUGGCCAAUCAUUUACGCGACACUCCUUAUCCCGGAGUGGACAACUACACCCGCUACACCGUGGCUCGAUUGGGAUUGGCUCCUUUGGUUGGUGUGGAGCCGCUGAUUCCCGAAUUUGGUCCCGUCAUCAACGACGUCCUCUCAUUCACAUUUCCCAUCUCCAUUCCACCGUGUCAGGAUCACUUUAUCGCCAAUCAAACUAUUGUCUUACUUGUGAAUUCAGCCCCAGGUAAUUUCGACAGGCGUAAAAUCAUUCGACAGACGUGGAAAAAUCAUUUAAAAGCCCCGCACAUUGAAGCGGAUCUAAUUGGAAUUGCUGGAUUCGCUUUCGUUUUGGCUCUGACGGACAACAACGUGACGCAAAACCAAAUUGAAGAAGAAGCCAACACUCACGGGGAUAUUAUUCAAAUCGGAAUUUCAGAUUUUUACCGAAAUUUGUCCCUCAAAGUGGCCGGUCUGUUCUACUGGCUGUACAAAUACUGCGCCAAAGUGGAUUUCGUUGCCAAAUUGGACGACGAUGUCUACGUCAACGUGCGCAAUUUAGCCCAUUUCGUUCAAACUUACCGCCAAUCCAAUCGAAGUAUGUUUGGCUCGGCAGCUGGAAACUUGUGGCCAGCUCGAGAUGGUAAAUGGAACAUGACUUUUGAAGAUUGGCCGUGGAAUGAAUAUCCUCCGUAUUUCCUGGGACCGGCUGUGCUGUUUCCCGGCAGCACCAUUCUCCCGCUAUUGGCAGCUCUGCAAACGACGCCCAUGAUGCCCAUAGACGACGUUUACUACUCCGGAAUGUGCACGGAAAAAGCUGGAGUCGGGCUCCGCUUUUCUUCCAAUUCAACCAGGUGA